GCGCGCGGGCAAGCGGGCUGAGCUGGGCACUGCGCGGGGGCACACCGCUCGGGGGACCCAGGCCCCGCCACCUUCCCUCCGCCCCAGGCUCUGUUCUCACUUUUGAGCAGUGGAAGGACGGGAAGCGGGAGCCAUGCAGUCGGAAUCGGGGAUCGUGCCGGAUUUCGAAGUCGGGGAGGAGUUUCACGAAGAGCCCAAAACCUAUUACGAACUCAAAAGUCAACCUCUGAAGAGCAGCAGUUCCGAGGAGCAUCCUGGGGCCUCCAAGCCUCCGAUAAGCUCCUCCAGUAUGACAUCACGCAUCUUGCUACGCCAGCAACUCAUGCGUGAGCAAAUGCAGGAGCAGGAGCGCAGGGAGCAGCAGCAGAAGCUGCAGGCGGCCCAGUUCAUGCAACAGAGAGUGCCAGUGAGUCAGACCCCGGCCAUAAACGUCAGCGUGCCCACCACCACCCUUCCCUCUGCCACCCAGGUGCCGAUGGAAGUCCUCAAGGUGCAGACCCACCUCGAAAACCCCACCAAGUACCACAUACAGCAAGCCCAAAGGCAGCAGGUAAAGCAGUACCUUUCUACCACUUUAGCAAAUAAACAUGCCAACCAAGUCCUGAGCUUGCCAUGUCCAAACCAGCCUGGCGAUCAUGUCAUGCCACCAGUGCCGGGGAGCAGCGCACCCAACAGCCCCAUGGCUAUGCUCACACUUAACUCCAACUGUGAAAAAGAGGGAUUUUAUAAGUUUGAAGAGCAAAACAGGGCGGAAAGCGAAUGCCCAACUAUGAACACACAUUCACGAGCGUCAUGCAUGCAGAUGGAUGAUGUAAUUGAUGACAUCAUUAGCCUAGAAUCAAGUUAUAAUGAAGAAAUCCUGGGCUUGAUGGAUCCUGCUUUGCAGAUGGCAAAUACGUUACCUGUCUCUGGAAAUCUGAUUGAUCUUUAUGGCAACCAAGGACUGCCACCCCCAGGCCUCACCAUCAGCAACUCCUGUCCAGCCAACCUUCCCAACAUAAAAAGGGAGCUCACAGCGUGUAUUUUUCCCACAGAAUCUGAAGCGAGAGCAUUGGCCAAAGAGAGGCAAAAAAAGGACAAUCACAACUUGAUUGAAAGAAGAAGACGAUUUAACAUAAAUGAUCGCAUUAAAGAACUAGGUACUUUGAUUCCCAAGUCCAAUGAUCCAGACAUGCGCUGGAACAAGGGAACCAUUUUGAAAGCCUCUGUGGACUAUAUUCGAAAGUUGCAACGAGAACAGCAACGUGCAAAGGAACUUGAAACCCGACAGAAGAAACUGGAGCAUGCCAACCGGCACCUGUUGCUCAGGAUACAGGAACUUGAAAUGCAGGCUCGAGCUCAUGGACUUUCGCUCAUCCCAUCCACGGGCCUCUGCUCUCCAGAUUUGGUGAAUCGGAUCAUCAAGCAAGAACCCGCUCUUGAGAACUGCAGCCAAGACCUCCUUCAGCACCACGCAGACCUCCCUUGUACGACGACACUCGAUCUCACAGAUGGCACCAUCACCUUCAACAACAACCUUGGAGCCGGGACCGAAAGCAACCAGGCCUAUAGCGUCCCCACGAAAAUGGGAUCCAAACUGGAAGACAUCCUGAUGGAUGACACUCUUUCUCCCGUUGGCGUAACUGACCCACUCCUUUCGUCGGUGUCUCCCGGAGCCUCCAAAGCCAGCAGCCGAAGGAGCAGCAUGAGCAUGGAAGAAACCGAGCAUGCUUGUUAGCAGGCCCUCCCUGCUCUGCGCUGUCCAAAACUGCUUCCUUUCUUGAUUCGUAGGUUUCAUAAUUUACCUGAAGGGGUUUUCUUGAUAAUUUUCCUUUAAUAUGAAAAAAUUUUUUUUCAUGCUUUAUCAAUAGCCCAGGAUAUAUUUUAUUUUUAGAAUUUUGUGAAACGGACUUGUAUAUUCUAUUUUACAACUACAAAUGCCUCCAAAGUAUUGUACGAUAAGUGUGCAGUAUCUGUGAACUGAAUUCACCCCGGACUCUAGCUUUCUGAGCAAGAGGAUUUUUGCAUCAGAGAAAUUUCUGUCCAUUUUUAUCCAGGGGAGACUUGGUUUGAGAUUUUUAUGCCUGUGACAUCUUUGGAAAUUAAAUGUCAAGCUUAAUCGAAAGAAUGUAAACCAACCAAAUAAAAGAAACCCAGAGAGAAAGAGAUUGAGGAAAGAGAAGAAGAAAAGAAAUCCACACUAACCCUUUUUUUUAAUUUGUAAAUGUAUUGAUUCUUUGUACUGCCUUAAAGAUCCAGUACCGUUCUAAUGCCAUUUAGUCUUUCUGCUGCGAACUAUUUAAGGCAAUACAAUAUUCUGUAAAAGAAAAAAAAAGUGCAACCAAUUUUGUGAGGAUUGUCUGUUAGAAAAUGUAACUGCUCUGCCAUACUUAGGUGCAAGUGAAAUUGAAGGGUUAGAGACCAAGUAUCUGAAACAUGGGGUCUCAUCUUGCUGUCCUUCACUCUCUGCUCUGAUUACAGUUACCCUCAUCCAUGAGUGUGAUUCUGUUUUCCCUAACUUGUAUUUUAUUUUGAAAAGGAAAUGCAUGUCCUCUCAAAGGAACAUAUUGAGGAGCCCUGAAAGUUGUCCUAUUUGUUUCUCCCCCCUUCCCCCCUCUUCAAUUUCACUUUUGAUAAGCAAACCAAAAUGGGCACAUUUCUAAUCAGCUUUCCUAUUUUAUUUUUAAAUUAUGUUUCCUGUUCAUUGAUUUGUACAGAUUCUUUAUUAUCAUCGUUCUUUCCAUAUGUUUGUAUUAAUUUGUAAGAGUAUGCAUCUCUAAAAUGGCAAGGUUUCAAUAUUUUUACAACUCACUCGUGGUUUUCCGCAUUCUUUGUACCACACGUGAAAGAAAACUUUUAUGCAAGGUCUUGUGUUUCAAGAGAGCUUUGCGAAUAUUUUGUAUAUGACAGUCUCACUCAGAAACUGUUUUUUCCACAAUUUAAGGUGUAGUAUUAAUAGGUGAAAACCAGCUUUCUAGAGAGGAUAAACUUGCAUAUUUAUUUUUAGUGAUAUAAAAGUAGCAAUAUUCUUGGAGACUGAUAACCAUAGCGUUAAUACGCCCAUUGUAGUCACUUAAAUUGGGGUUCAUUUCAGCAAACUUGCUGAAUUUUCUGAAGGAGCGAAAUACUGUGUUGGCAAAUUACUGUUUACUUGAUAACAGUGUUUUAACAAGCAGCGACGUUGUAAGUAGUCUCAGUGCAUAUCUUGUGUAGUCCCUAUGCAAUAAUAGUAUAGUGUUAAAUGUAAUCUAUCUGGCCUACGUGUUUUAUACAGCUGACAUACGGUGUUAAGAGCCAGGCUGUUGAAUGGAAUUUCUCAGUAGCAGCCUACAAUUGAAUAGCAAGGGGCAUAAAGCAUAUCCAUUCGAAGAUGACGUGCCUUAAAUAUAGCAGUAGUCUUUUUUGGACUAGCACUGACUGAACUAUAAUAUAGGAGACAGUUCAAGAUGGUAUCUAUAGUCAAGAGGAUCAUGGAGCAUGGUGCCUAUGUAGACAAUAUAAGAGCUUCCAAUUUUCCUUCAGAUAUUUUAAUAUUAAAUAUAUUUUAGUGACAGAGUGCCAACCUCUUUCAUCAGGAAACCUGAUUCAGGAGGGUUUUUUGUUUUUUUUUUUUUUUUUUUUUUUUUUUUUUUUUUUUUUUUUUUUUUUUUUUAAGGAAAACGAGUUUAAAUAUCAAAUCUGAAUUGGUGGAUGGGGUAUUGGAUGGUUCAAAGCGAAGGUGUGAUUGUCAGGUGUUUGAAUGGAUGGCUUCCAUGAAAAUAAUCGACUGCAUAGUUCCCAUGCACGUCGGGCAACGAGAAUCCUUGGAGACAUUGAUGAUGCUAUCAGUUUAUAGCUUAUUACUUAAGGGGGUAGGGAAAAUUAAUUCCAUUCUUUCAGUCCCCUAAUUGUAUAGCUCUUUUCCUAGAAUAGUGAUGCAGAUUUGCAUGAACAGCUAACUGUACCAUAGUGUUCAUUGAUACAAUCAUAGCAUUGUCUGGUUUUCUCUCAUAUCUCUAUGGGGGGAGGGGAGCGGGUGAAGAAGUCAAAGAUCGCGAUGGUAUGAUGCUUCUUUUCUUUAGCUGAUUUUGAGGGUUCUUAAAAAUGGUGCAAGGUUGCGUAGCCCCUGGUCCAGGGAAGGUGACCAGGGCCAAGUGACCUCAUAGAAAGCUCUGUUGAGGGGAAGCAUGGCAUCUUGUACCACUGUCCUGACUUUCGCAACUCCUGAGCUCACUGUUGCCUGCUUCCCCAUCCCCCUCUUCUUAAGAGACAAUUUCUGGGAUUGGCGGGUGAGUAAGCCCAGGAGAAUGCUGCAGCCUCGGGGGUGGUUUUAUUUCUUUCUUUUUGCCAAAUCGAGUGUGGAUUUGUUGUAGGGACUAGUUAAGCCAAGAAGCGGUGGUUUGGGUCGCCGUUUGUGAUGAGAGAAUGAUCCACACCACUCCCCCCAUCCCUGAGAGCAGACUGGUGCCUCGGGGUUGGGCCUCCAUGUGGAGGGACCAAAAUGCCAAACUUGCCCACCUGCCUCUGGGUAAGGCAACGGAAACACCAAACCUUUUGACUUUGCCAAAAACCCUACAACCAACCUGGUCAUACAUAGGAUGACAAAGUUCUUUCUGGUUGUUUUUUAAAUAAUAAAGCAAUAGAACAAAUAAAAUACAUAGGAAGUUAAGAGAUAUAAAAUAAAGCACAAAGGAAUGCACUUAUUAAUAUUUUUUAAAAAUGCACUGGGGAAAAGUUGGUGUUGAUAACAGUAUAUUAAAAAAACCCUAUGUCUUGAAAAAAUGACAAAUGACUGUCUCUUGCGGACGCUUGGUACUGUAAUGUUAAUAUAUAGUCACCUGCUGUUGGAUGCAGCAAUAAUUUCUGUAUGGUCCAUAGCACUGUAUAUUAUGGAUCGAUAUUAAUGUAUCCGAUGAAAUAAUUGAACUGUUGUUCUUGAUAGCCUCAUUAAAGCAUUUGGUUUUUCACAUA